AACGUGCACUGGCUUGCCGUAAAGUGUAGCGUUGAUGUUUAGAAUGAGGUGCUGUUUGCCUUACUUGGUGGAGUUAUUUGUUAAUUUUAUUAGCGUCCAAGGCUAUUGUUGGCGAAGUUAGCAGCGUCAUUAUGUCCAGGCCCACUCUGCUGGUCCUGUAUGGGAGCCAAACUGGUACGGCCCAGGACACGGCCCAGAGGAUUGGGCGGCAGGCGCGGAGAAGGCACCUGCAGGUUCAGGUGCUGCCUCUGGACAACUACGUCGUGGCCAACUUGAUCUCCGAGCCUCUGGUUGUUUUUGUAUGCGCCACCACUGGCCAAGGAGACCCUCCAGACAAUAUGAAGAACUUCUGGAGGUUUAUCUUCAGGAAGUCUUUGCCUGUUGGCUCUCUGGGUCGCUUGGACUGUGCCAUAAUGGGCCUGGGGGACUCCUCCUAUCCUAAGUUCAAUUUUGUGGCGAAGAAGCUUCACAAGCGUCUCCUGCAGCUGGGUGCCAAUAUGCUGCUGCCUGUCGGGCUGGCAGAUGACCAACAUGACCUGGGGUCAGACGCUGUGAUCGACCCGUGGCUCACAUCAUUUUGGGAGAAAGUGUUUGCCCUGUACCCAUCUUUGGCCGCUGUGAUUCCAAUGAGGGAAGAUGAACCGCUCCCGCCAACGUACACUUUCCACUUCCUGGAUGAUGUGAAAGAGAAGACCGAUGACAGGCUGAGGAUUCCCAUGGAGCAAACUGUCCCCUCCCAGUCCCAUCCCUUUCCUGCCAGACUGGUGUCCAAUAGGAGAGUCACAGACAUGUUGCACUUUCAGGAUGUGAGGCACAUCGAGUUUGAUAUCACUGGAUCCAAUGUUGAGUUUGCGGCUGGUGACGUGGUGAUGAUGCGUCCAUGUAACUUCCCAGAGGACGUACAGCAAUUCUGUCAACUGCUGAGAUUAGAUCCAGAGGCCAGGUUCACUCUCAGGGCCACAGACAACACUGCAGUUCCAGCCAGGCUUCCUCAGCCCUGCGCUGUGCGCCACCUGGUGGAGAGCUACCUAGACAUCGCUGCUGUGCCUCGCCGCUCCUUCUUUGAGCUGCUGUCUACCUUUGCCACCAAUGAGUUGGAGCGGUCAAAGCUGAUCGAGUUGAGCUCAGCGGCGGGCCAGGACGAGCUGCACAGCUACUGCAACCGCCCCCGACGCACCGCGCUGGAGGUCCUGGCAGAUUUCCCCCACACUACAGCAGAACUCAAAGUAGACUAUCUGCUAGAUCUGUUCCCUGAUAUCCAGCCCCGCUCAUUCUCCAUCGCCUCCUCUCUCCAGGCUCACCCACACAGGCUUCAGAUCCUGGUAGCUGUGGUUAGUUACAAAACCAAGAUGUAUAAACCGCGAAGAGGCCUCUGCUCCACCUGGUUAGCCUCCCUGGACCCUGCACAAGGGGAGGUGUAUGUGCCUCUGUGGGUGAAGAAGGGAACUAUGAGGUUCCCUAAAGAGAAGGACACCCCUGUGAUAAUGGUUGGACCCGGAACAGGAGUGGCACCCUUCAGGUCGGCUUUACAAGAGAGGAUCGCUGAGGGGAAAGACGCCAACGUCCUGUUCUUUGGCUGUCGCUCUGAGCGGAAAGACUUCUACCUCAGGACAGAGUGGGAGGAGAUGAUGAAGACCGGACACCUUAACCUCUUCACUGCCUUCUCACGAGACCAGAAUUUGUGAACAUUGAAAAAUUAAGGUGAAGAUUAGUUGUUUGAAGAUGUGGCAAAUGGAGACCGACAGCAAGAAGACUUCCUCUCUGAUCAUGAUGUCGGUAUGAAUGAAUAUAAUUUUGGGGCGUUUCACUGACUAUUUAAGGGAAACUAUGGGCGUGACAUAAAGCUGCCAAAUCUGAAUAUUUCUGUGCGUACUCCCAUCCAGUGUUUCAUCCGUAUGCCACUUCUGACGCAAAUUCGCUGCGCAGUUUUAGAAAUGAAGCCCCAGGUCAUGCAACUGUUUAGAAAGAUGGCAAGUUUUUUUUAGGUCAGGUCUAUCUCUGUUGAUCCAGUUUGUUUGGUUGAACUACCACGGCUGCAGCUCGUUGGUUUUGCGUGUUUGCGUUUCAUGUCUGGCAACCCGGGUGUCAAACUGGGCAGUUAACAACUACACACAGGCCAAAACAGAAACAGACAUUCUGUCCCGGAAUGGAAAUUUCAGAAGAGAAAUUAGCAUUGCUAUCGGAGAAGAUGGUAAGCAUUU